CGAGGAAGGGAGACCGCCCCGAUUUGCUGUCCACACCGCACACCAUCCCCCUCCCCUCCCCUCGCCGUCGCCGUCCUUUAUUUAUCCCUCGGCUCGAUUCCAUCUCCACUAGCCUCUCCUCGCCGCCCGCCGCCCGCCGCGGCCUCGCUCCCACCUCCCUCCCGGACUCCCCGUCUCCGCGCGCGCGGCGACCCCGCCGAUCGGGUGAGGCGGCUCCCGCCAGUCCCGGCGACCACCGAGGUUCAAAUUGGACACAUCGGUGCUGUACUGUGAUAGGCGGUGCCCUUGCUUGCCGACAUUUGUGUUUUAUUGAUUGCCAAGGCUUCCUUACUGCUUAGCCCUUGUUUUUGCUGGCUGUCUAUAUCUGUUUGGAGAGAGCAAUCUAGCAACUAUGUCAUCGCUUCAGUUAUUGCAACUUACGGAGCAUGGGCGCAACCUUUUUUCUUCGAGAAGGAGGACGCUUGCAGUUGUUUCUGGCGCACUACUUGCUGGUGGUACUUUAGCAUAUGCGCAGUCAGGUCGACGGAGGAAACAUCGGGAAGAAAAUCCUUGUAAUGAUGCAAAUACCAGGAGCAAAGAGAGCAUUAGGCAAAAUGGUGUUGACGGUAAAGUGGUUAAACCAAGGAAAAAGAAAAAUUUAUUGAAAUCCUUACAUUUCCUGGCUGCUAUUUUACUUAAGAAGAUUGGCCCAAGCGGAACAAAUUACCUUCUUGGCUUGAUGUUAACAGCAGUGUUACGUACAGCCAUUGGUCACAGAUUAGCAAAAGUUCAAGGGUAUUUGUUCAAAUCCGCGUUUCUUCGGCGUGUUCCGGCCUUCACACGCCUAAUCAUUGAAAAUCUUCUAUUAUGCUUUCUUCAGUCCACGGUAUAUCAGACCUCAAAGUACUUGACAGGAUCCUUAAGCUUGCGCUUCAAGAAAAUUUUGACGGAUCUCAUCCAUGCCGAUUACUUUGAGAAUAUGGUUUACUACAAGAUCUCACAUGUAGAUCAUCGGAUUUCAAACCCAGAGCAAAGGAUUGCUAGUGAUAUUCCUAAGUUCUGCGCAGGACUAAGUGACCUUGUACAAGAUGAUCUGAUUGCAGUUGCAGAUGGGUUAAUAUACAUCUGGCGCAUCUGCUCUUAUGCAAGUCCGAAAUAUGUUCUCUGGAUUCUGGCAUAUGUACUUGGUGCUGGUGGCACAAUUAGAAAAUUUUCUCCUUCUUUUGGGAAGUUGAAAGCCAUGGAACAACAACUAGAAGGGGAAUAUCGCCAGGUUCAUUCACGACUGAGAACUCAUGCUGAGAGCGUGGCAUUUUAUGGUGGUGAGAACAGAGAAGAAUCACACAUUAUGCAGCGAUUCCAGGCUCUUGUGCGGCACGUGAAUGUUGUUCUCCAUGAGAACUGGUGGUUUGGCAUGAUUCAGGAUUUUCUUCUGAAGUAUCUUGGUGCCACAGUGGGAGUUAUCUUGAUUGUCGAACCUUUCUUUGCGGGAGAUCUUAAACCUGAUACAUCUACUUUAGGACGGGCAGAGAUGUUGAGCAAUCUUCGAUAUCACACAAGUGUGAUAAUAUCAUUAUUCCAGUCCCUUGGCACCCUUUCUACCAGUUCAAGACGUUUAAAUCUUCUCAGUGGCUAUGCAGACCGUAUUCAUGAGUUACUGGAUGUUUCACGUGAGCUAUCUGGGGUUCGCGACAGAUCGAUGAGCCGAAAUUCUUCUGCCAAAAAUUAUAUUAGUGAGGCAAACUAUAUAGAAUUUUCAGGUGUUAAGGUGGUGACACCCUCUGGGAAUGUCUUGGUUGAUGAUUUAACUCUCCGGGUGGAGUCGGGUUCUAAUCUUUUGAUCACUGGUCCCAACGGUAGUGGCAAAAGCUCUCUUUUCCGUGUUCUUGGGGGUCUGUGGCCACUUGUAUCUGGCCACAUUGUCAAACCUGGUGUUGGUUCUAAUCUUAACAAGGAAAUCUUUUAUGUCCCCCAGCGACCAUAUACAGCUGUCGGAACACUUCGCGACCAGUUAAUCUAUCCACUUACAGCAGAUCAGGAAACCGAACCACUUAGCUAUGGUGGUAUGGUGGAUCUUCUAAAGAAUGUUGAUUUAGAAUACUUGCUAGAACGCUACCCUCUCGACAAGGAAGUGAACUGGGGUGAUGAGUUGUCUCUUGGUGAGCAACAGAGAUUGGGAAUGGCCAGAUUGUUCUACCAUAAGCCCAAGUUUGCCAUCCUGGAUGAGUGUACUAGUGCUGUGACGACUGAUAUGGAAGAACGUUUCUGCAAUAGGGUCCGAGCAAUGGGCACAUCAUGCAUAACAAUAUCUCACCGGCCAGCAUUAGUUGCUUUUCAUGAUGUUGUUUUGUCCUUGGAUGGUGAAGGAGGGUGGAAAGUUCAAGAUAACAGAAAUGGCUCCUUCCUCCCUACUGAAUUGGAGUUUGAUGCAUUGAAGUCAUCAGAAACUGACCGCAAAUCUGAUGCACUUGCUGUUCAAAGGGCUUUUAGUGCUAAUACAAAGGAAAAUACUUUAUCGGGCCCCAAGGAACAUUCUUAUUCAACACAGGUCAUAGCUACUUCACCCAAUAUGGAAAUAGAAUCCACAGAACAGCCACAUCUGAUCCCACAAUUGCAGUGCUCGCCGAGACCUUUGCCUGUUAGAGUUGCUGCAAUGUCUAAAAUACUGGUUCCUAAAAUCAUUGAUAAGCAAGGAGCGCAAUUGCUUGCAGUUGCAGUACUCGUACUUUCUCGGACUUGGAUAUCUGAUCGUAUAGCUUCACUGAAUGGGACUAGUGUCAAGUAUGUCCUGGAGCAGGACAAGGCUGCCUUCAUUCGACUGAUCGGGACCAGUGUAAUGCAAAGUGCAGCAAAUUCAAUUGUGGCACCAUCACUGAGACACCUUACUUCAAAGAUUGCUCUUGGAUGGCGAAUUCGCAUGACCAACCAUCUACUUGCAUAUUAUUUGAAAAGGAAUGCUUUUUACAAGGUAUUUAACAUGACAGGCAUGGAGAUUGAUGCAGACCAAAGAAUAACACGUGAUGUGGAGAAGUUGACCAAUGAUCUUGCUGGCUUAGUAACUGGAAUGGUGAAACCAUCAGUUGACAUUCUUUGGUUUACAUGGAGAAUGAAGCUUUUGUCUGGGAGAAGAGGUGUUGCUAUUUUGUACGCAUACAUGUUGCUAGGGCUUGGUUUUCUAAGAGCCGUUUCCCCUGAUUUCGGUGAUCUUUCAAACCAAGAACAAGAACUUGAAAGUUCUUUCAGGUUCAUGCACUCAAGAUUGCGGACACAUGCCGAGUCAAUUGCUUUCUUUGGUGGUGGAUCAAGGGAAAGAGCUAUGGUUGAAGCUAAGUUCGCAACUUUGCUUAACCACUCGAAGAUUCUUUUGAGGAAAAGAUGGCUUUAUGGUAUUUUUGAUGAUUUCGUCACGAAGCAGCUGCCUCAUAAUGUGACAUGGGGAUUGAGUCUGUUAUAUGCUUUGGAACACAAGGGGGACCGAGCUUUGACUUCAACCCAAGGAGAGUUAGCACAUGCCCUGCGGUUCUUGGCAUCUGUAGUGUCACAAAGUUUCAUAGCUUUUGGUGACAUUCUCGAGUUGCAUAAGAAAUUCCUUGAACUUUCUGGUGGUGUCAAUAGGAUCUUUGAACUCGAGGAGCUUCUAAAGGCAUCUCAAAGCAAUGCUGUCAUGCCCUCAAAUGUUAUCAGUGUGCCAUCUGAAGAAACUAUUUCCUUCCGUAAUGUGGAUAUUGUGACCCCAUCGCAAAAGCUAUUGGCUAGCCAAUUGUCUUGUGAUGUGUCUCAAGGAAAAAGCCUUCUUGUCACUGGUCCAAACGGCAGUGGCAAGAGUUCCAUUUUUAGGGUGCUCCAAAGUUUGUGGCCUGUAGCUUCUGGAAGGCUCACCGUGCCAUCUGAAGGGAUAUUUCACGUUCCUCAGCGCCCAUAUACUUGCCUUGGAACCUUGAGGGAUCAGAUCAUAUAUCCUCUCUCACGUGAGGAGGCAGAGUUGAAGAUGGCCAAAACGGGUGACAGGUCUACGUCGCUGGACGACCACCUAAGGACAAUUCUAGAGAAUGUUCGCUUGGUCUAUCUUCUCGAAAGAGAAGGGUGGGAUGCUACUCCCAAUUGGGAAGACAUUUUGUCCUUGGGAGAACAGCAGAGGCUAGGCAUGGCCCGUCUGUUCUUUCACUCCCCUAAGUUUGGUAUCCUCGACGAGUGCACCAACGCCACGAGUGUCGACGUCGAGGAGCAUUUGUACAGGCUAGCAACUGACAUGGGUAUAACUGUGGUUACUUCCUCCCAAAGGCCUGCUCUCAUACCCUUCCAUUCGUUGGAACUGAAACUCAUCGACGGCGAAGGAAAGUGGGAGCUGUGUUCAAUCAACCACUAGUCGUUGCGGUCGCCCUAAUUUUUGAUCGGCUUUAGUUACUCUCAGCUGUAUACUGACUUACAGUACAAUAGUCACCUUGCUGCCCGAAAUAGAAGCAGCAGCCUAUUGGAGAUAGAGCAGAACAAUAUACAGGGGUUGUAGAAGGGAAAUUCUAUUCUUUCCAAACAGGAUAGCAUGGUAUAUAUAUAUAAUCUUGUUCUCAUACAGAAUACACAGUGAGAUCAGAUUUGCCGCUGGAAUCGAAUGGCGGCGACAUGUAGCAAUUAUUUGUAUAAACACUGGUGCGAAGCACGUACCCUUUGUAAAUAUCAACUAGUUCAAAAUUCGUCUUCCUGA